AUGGCGGCGCGCUUCCGCGCCAUCCUGCAGGCGGUCAAGGUGGUGCAAGGCCUCACGCGAGCGCUUCGAGAGAUGAAACCUCGUGCGAGGAGCAGCGUCUCACGCAAUGCGCCAUCGAGCGCCGAGCUCGAGGCGGCGCUGGAGUUUUCGGACUCUUCGGAUGCCGGCGUGCCGAAGCUGGAUCCGGACGUCGUCCGCCGGUGGGAGCACCAGGGGGAGGUUGCCACGUGGCACCGCGAGCGCCGGCGUUUCUCGCUGAGGGUGGUAACGUUCGCGUACGUCAUGAUAGCAACUACGUCGCUCGCGCAGUACUGGGCGAUGCGGCACAGAAGGAAGAGGAUGCAACAAUUGGCCAACGCAGAGCUUCCUCCCGACGGCGAAAUGACCUGA